AACGCGACGAUGCCCUACCCAGUUAGUUCCGCAGCGGGCGCGGAAUUGAGACCGCACGAUGGAGGGUGCUCGAGUUCUUUCACCAGACUUCAGUCUACAACUUCACUUCUUAAAGACCCAAUUGCGCAUUUUUUAUCAACAUAAGCAUUUCAUCAUCUUCUCUGAAAAGAUUUUAAUUUCACUGCUGCCAAUUGGCUAUCACAAUCGCAAGAUUCCGUCACAGCCAUUGCGAUAAUUGCCCCGCACAAUGGACACCAAGCAAUUCAAAGAAGCAGCUCAGUCUGCGCUUGAAGAAAUCACCCAAUAUUACGACACACUCGCGGAGCGACCGACCCUCCCCUCCAUAUCCCCCGGCUACCUGAAGCCGCUGCUCCCGACGUCCGCGCCGGAGAAGGGAGAAGCAUGGGAGACGAUACAGGCGGACAUCGACCGGGUGAUCAUGCCGGGGCUGACGCACUGGCAGUCGCCCAAGUACAUGGCGUUCUUCCCCUGCAACUCGUCGUACCCCGCGAUGCUGGGCGAGAUGUACAGCUCCGCGUUCAACGCCGCGGCGUUCAAUUGGAUCUGCUCGCCCGCGGUCACGGAGCUCGAGACCAUCGUCAUGGACUGGGUCGCGAAGUUGCUGAACUUGCCGGAGUGCUAUCUGAGCGAUGGGGAGGGCGGGGGCAUCAUCCAGGGAACGGCGAGCGAGGUCAUCGUCACGGCUGUGGUGGCGGCGAGGGAACGCUUGAUUAGGCGGAGACUCGCGGAUAUGCCUGAGGGCGAGGAGAAGAUUGACAAGGCGGCGGAGUUGAGGGGGAAGCUCGUGGCGAUGGGGAGCGAGCAUGCACAUUCGAGCACGCAGAAGGCGGCCAUGAUCGCGGGCACGAGGUUUAGGAAGGUGCCGGCACCGAAGGAGACUGGGUUCAGUGUUACAGGGCAGGCGCUGAGGCAGACCAUCGAGGAGUGCAAGGCGAAGGGUCUGGAGCCGUUCUACUUCACCGCGACGCUCGGGAGCACAGCUACAUGCGCUGUCGACGACCUCGCUGGCAUCGCAGAGGUGGCGAGAGAGUACCCGGAUGUUUGGAUUCACGUUGACGCCGCCUAUGCUGGGUCUGCGCUCGUGUGUCCAGAGUACCAGCAUCUCUGCCCACCCAUGGCAGACUUCGACUCGUUCAACUUCAACAUGCACAAGUGGCUGCUCGUGAAUUUCGACUGCAGCGCCUUCUACAUCAAGAAGAGGAAGAAUCUCAUCGACACAUACAGCCUCACGCCCAGCUACCUACGCAAUGAGUACGCGGAGAAGGGCCUCGUGACUGACUACCACAACUGGCAGAUCCCGCUCGGGCGCCGCUUCAGGAGUCUGAAGGUCUGGUUUGUGUUGAGAUCCUACGGCGUCGAGGGAUUGCGGGCAUUCAUUAGGAACCAUAUCAAACUCGGCGAAUACUUCCACGGUCUUGUGAAGUCGCGCUCUGAUCUUUUCACGGUCGUCACGGGGCCUCAUUUUGCGCUCACAACGUUCUCUGUCAACCCGCGAAGGCUUGGAGGUGCAGCGGCAGCGAACAAGCCGGACCCAUCUCACGAGGCAUACUUGAAUGACUUCACGCCAAGCGCGGACGCACAGUAUCAGGAAGACGCCAAUCAGAUCACCAAGGAGGUGUAUGAAAAGGUCAAUGCCCAAGGAGAGUUCUUCUUGACCAGCACUGUGGUGUGUGGAAUCUAUGUCAUCCGAGUGGUGAGUGCAAACAUAAGGGCCGAAGACAAGUACUUGAAGCAAGUUUUCGAUGUUCUUGUCCAAAUGACCGACGAAGUCCUGGGUGCGAAGGCCUAGGGAUGUUACUGAGCAUGGAUGAGGUUACAAUGGUACGAAAGUUACCUUGCGGUAAAAGGAAAAGGUCCCCGCAAGUAUAGAGU